AUGUUUUGGUAAUAAAGGCCUGUUACUUACAAUAAUUAAAGGACAUUUGAGAGCAACUUCUAUUUUGCAUAGCAUGAUGCUCCAUAAUAUCCUAGUAAUUUCAUAAAGACAAGCAGGUAAUAAGUUAUAAGACUUAUAAUUAGAUAUAACUUAGUAACAUUUUUACCAUUCUCUUUGUUACUUUAAUUUACUAGAUACGCUAACAUUUACUUUUUAUGCAUUGCAAUAAUUUAAUGCAUACCAAUAUUAUCAACUUUAAAUCCGUUUAGUGCAAUAGCUCCAUUAGUAUUUGUUUUAGGACUUUCAAUGUGUAGAGAGGGUUGGGAAGAUUAUGGUCGUCAUGUAUCAGAUAAUGAGGUAAAUUCAACAGAUUGUUUUGUUUUAAAGGAUAGAAGAGUAACAAAGUAAUUAUAACUGUUUUAUUCUACAUUAGGACUACCUGGGCAGAUAUAAAUGUAGGUGAUUAUGUAUAUGUAAGAUAAGAUGAGAGUUUUCCAGCAGAUUUGAUAGUAUUAGGUAGUGAAAAAGAAAGUGGAGCAUGUUACAUUGAGACAUCUUCACUUGAUGGAGAGAAAAAUCUAAAACCAAAAAGUGCUAUUUUAGAUAGUUAACAGAUUUAUAAUUCUUUGGAUAGAUUUAAUGAUUAAAUUAUAAAAGUUGUAGCAGAACCUCCAUCUUAAUCAUUGUAUGAAUUUGAUGCUUAAUUAUUGUUGCCUAUAAAUUCAGAAUUCAAGAAAUUCCAAUUAAAUGCAAAACAACUGUUAUUGAGAGGAGCACAAUUAAGAAAUACUACUUGGAUAAUAGGAAUAGUUGUAUAUACAGGAUAGGAUAGUAAGAUUAUGAGAAAUGCUGAUGCAUCAAGAGUUAAAUCAAGUGAAAUAGAGAGAACUAUGAAUAUUCUGAUACUUGGAAUUCUAUGUGUUCAGAUUGCUUUAAGUAUAAUAUCUUGUUCAUUAUCUUCUGCUUGGUUAAACAAAUUUGGAGUUAACUCAUUUUAUUUAGAUUAUACAAAUGACUCACUCAAUCCAUCACUGUUAUCCUUUUAUGUUUUUUUCAGUUAUAUCCUAUUAUAUAACACUAUGAUACCAAUAUCAUUAAUAGUAUCAUUAGAAUUUGUUAAAGUAUUCUAAUCAUACUUUAUGGAAAUGGAUGUAGAAAUGUAUGUUCAAUAAAGAAAUAAAUUCUGUAAAGUUUAGACAACAACAAUAAAUGAAGAAUUAGGUUAAGUUGAAUAUAUCUUUUCAGAUAAGACUGGAACAUUAACUUGUAAUCAGAUGGAAUUUAAAUAUUCAGUCAUAGGAAAUUAUCUAUAUGGAAAAGAAUAAUAGCAAUAACCAGCUAAAACUGAAAUUGGUAUUGUUAAUAUGCCUCAAUUAUAAAACAAAUUAUAAAUUCAUCCAAUUGAAGGAGUUUAAGGUCAUUCACUUACAAAUUUUAAUUUCUAUGAUGAAGAAUUAUUAAAUAUUAUUGAUGGAGGAAAUGGUAAAAAUAUUGCUAAUGUAAAUCUAACAAUAAAAUCAAAAGAUAAUAAAUCUUAAAUUACUAUUAAUAAUUAAAAAGAUUUAAUUGAUUAUUAUUUCUUUCUAUUGAGUUCUGCUCAUGAAUGCAUUAUUUAAUAUGAUUAAGAUAAAAAUGCUUCUUAUUAAGGUCCAUCACCAGAUGAAAUUACUUUAGUAGAUGCAGCAGCUAGAAUGGGUUAUAAAUUUACAGGAGCAUCAGCAAGUGAAUAAAAUUUUAUGAUUUUAAAUUUACCUAGAAAAGUAAAACUAUUGAAAUCAUUUGAAUUUGAUUCAAACAGAAAAAGAAUGAGUGUCAUUAUUAAAGAUGAAAAAGGAAUCAUUAAAUUAUUAAUUAAAGGAGCAGAUAGUAUAAUCAAAAGCAGAUUAAGUAAAGAAUAAAAGUUUUUAGAUAAAACUAUAGAAUGGUUAGAAGAAUUCUCUAAAAUUGGUUUAAGAUGUUUAUUAAUGGCUACUAGAAUAUUAUCAGAAGAUGAAUAUAAAAAAUUUGAUAAUGAAUACAAUAAUCUACCUGAUGGUGAAUAAAGAUCUAUUGAACUUAAUAGAAUUACAGAUGAAUUAGAAAGAGAUCUUACACUUAUUGGAGCUACAGCUGUUGAAGACAAACUAUAAAGUUAAGUACCUGAAACUAUUGCAGAUUUACUUAAAGCUAAUAUUAAAAUUUGGAUGCUUACAGGUGACAAAUUAGAAACUGCUGAAAAUAUAGCUAAAAGUUGUAAAUUAAUCUAAGGCGAUUUCACUGUCAUGAGAUUAUCAGAAUCUAAUGAAUAAGAUUGUAUGGACAAAUUAAAAGAUAUACAAGAUACAUAUGAUUUAUGUAUCAAAGAAAAUAGAAAAAAAGUAUUAUUUUAUCAACUAUUUUAGUCUAUUGUUAUUGAAGGGUAGUCAUUAGAUUUUAUCCUAAAUUCUGAAUACAUGUCAUCUGGUUUUGUCUAAAUGGCCAAAGAUUGUGAAUCUAUUGUUUGUUGCAGAGUUACUCCUAAAUAGAAAGCUGAUGUUGUCAGAUUAAUCAAAAAUAGAUUGAAUAAAAUCACUUUAGCAAUAGGUGAUGGAGCUAAUGAUGUUAAUAUGAUCUAAGCUGCUCAUAUUGGUGUUGGAUUAUAUGGAAAUGAAGGUAUGAGAGCAGUGUAAAGUGCUGACUUCGCAUUAGGAGAAUUUCGAUGCUUAUGGAGAUUAUUAUUAGUUCAUGGCCAUUGGAAUUAUAUAAGAAUUUCUGAAAUGAUUUUAUACUUCUUCUAUAAGAACAUGUUGUUCACUAUACCAUAAUUUUUCUUUAGUUUUUUUUGUGCCUUCUCUGCAUAAUCCUUUUAUGAUGAUUGGUACAUUACCUUAUAUAAUUUGAUUUUUACAGCAUUACCGUUAAUAAUAAGAGCAACUUUUGACUAAGAUAUUAAUUAUAAAUAAUAUCUAAAUUAUGAUGUUAAUUAACGCAUUAAAAACGUAUAAUUGAAACAGGAGAAUUAUCUAAAAUAAAAAUUUCCAUCAUUAUAUUAUGUGGGAUAAUAGAAAACUAUUUUUACUAUACCAUCUUAUAUGAUGUGGGCAUUUACAGGAGUGCUACAUGGUAUGAUAAUAUUUUUUUUCUUAUUUUGGAUAAUGGAUUAUGAAGCUUUAAAUAUUAAUGGAUAUCCUGGAGGAUUAGCACCCUAUUCAUUAACAGUUUAUACAGCAAUAAUAUUGGUAGCUGAUUUUCAAAUUAUAAUAUAAACUAAAUAUUGGACUCUAUUCAAUGUUGUAGCUGUUACCUUUCUAAGUUUAUUCUUAUACGCAGGUUAUGUUAUCAUUUCUCAUUAUUGGCCUGGAGAAUUAAUGAUGUACACACCUCUCACAAUAUUAAAAAUGCCAACAUUUUGGUUAUGUUAAUUUUUAAUUUUAGUGAUAGUAGGAGCUAUGGAAGCGUUUAGAUCUGAAUUCAAUAGAUAAUAUUUUAUGGAUGCUGCUGAUGAGAUUUUAGUGAAAACAAAAUCAUUCACAUGGACACUUAAUGAGUGGUUGAAUAAAUAAAAAAAGGUAGCUAGAUAAGAUAGUUUUUGGGCUGAAGUCUACAAAGAGGAUGAAUAAGAAUAAGUUAUCCAAUUUGAAGAGACUAUCAAAGAUGCCAAUCAAAUACCAAAUCAAUGAC